AUCCACUCACUUCCACCUGCAAACCCUAACAUCUCUCCUCACCAACAACAAUGCCGCCAAAGUUCGACCCAUCCCAAGUCGUCGACGUCUACGUCCGCGUCACCGGCGGCGAGGUCGGCGCCGCGAGUUCACUCGCCCCAAAAAUCGGCCCACUCGGUCUCUCCCCAAAGAAAAUCGGAGAAGACAUAGCAAAAGAAACAGCAAAAGACUGGAAAGGCCUACGUGUCACCGUCAAACUCACCGUCCAGAACCGUCAGGCGAAGGUCUCGGUGGUGCCGUCAGCCGCUGCGUUGGUGAUCAAGGCGUUGAAGGAGCCGGAACGGGACCGGAAGAAGGUGAAGAACAUUAAGCAUAGUGGGAACAUAUCGCUUGAUGAUGUUAUUGAGAUAGCGAAGAUUAUGCGUGCGAGGUCUAUGGCUAAGGAGUUGCAGGGGACUGUGAAGGAGAUUUUGGGUACUUGUGUUUCCGUUGGGUGUACGGUUGAUGGGAAAGACCCCAAGGAUUUGCAGCAGGAGAUUGCGGAUGGUGAUGUUGAGAUUCCUCAAGAUUAGAUUGAGAAAUGAUCAAGGUGUUUUGGUAGGAGGGUUAUGGUUUCAGUUGUUUGUUAUUUGUUUUGUUUUGUGACUCUUGCUUUGGUUAUCUGGUUUUGUUAUAUCAUCAACAGGAUUUUAUAUGUUUGGUGUUCUAGUAGUUUUGAACUUUAAUA